UUUCAGAAGGUAGAAAUGAGCCAGAGGAACUCAACAGUGCCAUCUGAAUUCAUUCUGGCAGAAAUCAUACACAAUCCUGAGCUGCAGCUUCUGCUCUUGGCGGCCUUCCUGGUGAUCUAUGGAGUCGCCCUGAUAGGCAACCUGAGCCUCAUCAUUUUGACCAAGCUGGACUCUCACCUUCACACACCCAUGUAUUAUUUUAUCAGACACUUGUCUUUCAUUGAUCUUGCUAACUCUACUGUCAUUUACCCCAAGACAAUGGUGAAUAUAGCGAUGAAUCAAAAUGUCAUUUCCUAUUAUGGCUGUGCAAUACAGAUGGCAUUCUACACUGUUUUCAUUAUCUGUGAACUUUUUAUAUUGUCUUCAAUGGCCAUUGAUCGCUAUGUGGCCAUCUGCAAUCCUCUGCUCUACAGUGUGAUCAUGUCUGAGAGACGCUGCUUUGCGCUGGUGAGCAUCCCGUAUCUCCAUAGUAUCCUCCAGUCUUUGGUGAUAACUAGUAAUGUUUUUACAUCGGCUUUCUGUGGAUCUGUCAUUCGCCAUUUCUACUGUGACAAUGUCCCUGUGUUACCAUUACUGUGUUUUAGAACACGGGAUAUAGAAUUGAUGAUCAUAUUAUUUGCAACAUUUAAUUUGAUCUCCUCCCUCUUCAUUAUCUUAGUCUCUUACCUUCUGAUUGUACUGGCCAUAUUUGGGAUGCAUUCGGCUGAAGGAAGAAAAAAGGCCUUCUUGACAUGCGGUUCUCAUCUGACAGUCGUGGUGAUAUUUUAUGUGCCUCUGCUUUCCAUGUACUUACAGCCCAAAUCCACCCACUCCCUUGAAUCAGAGAAAAAAGCCUCUGUGUUUUAUACUUUAGUGGUUCCCAUGCUUAAUCCCUUGAUCUACAGCUUUAGGAACAAAGAAGUGAAAAAUGCUGUCAUGAGAGUCUUUAAGAACCGAUGUAAACUGUGUACUUAA